AAAUGAGGAGAUGGAUGGUUCUCAGCUUGUGCAUGGCUGGAGCCAAGUUAUCAGAAGGGGAAAUGUUGUCUUCAGUUCCAACUUCAGGGGAUACCAGCUAUUCCUAUUUCUAUCAAGAGUUGCCGCCAGAUCAACAAUUUAUGGGUAAAUUUGUUGAAUUUUCUGUUCCUCCGACACCUACGCGUCGCCUUGCCAGAAAUUCCGUUUCUAUUGCCUCCGAGAUGUCCUCAGCACCCAGUUCUGCCUGGGAGAUGUCCUCAAAACCCAGUUUUGCCUUGGAGAGAUCCUCAAAACCAAGUUCUAAAUUCCAGAGGUCCUCGGAAUCGGGUUCAAGUUUACCUAAAGCAUACCAACCCCUUGAUCGUAGUUACAUCUCCGACCUUCCUCUCCACCCUUCAGAUAUGUACAGUCAGGCGAGGUUUGGAAAUAUAAAACGAGAGGUUUUAGGACAUAAUACAAACCAGAUUGAGCCCCCUGCAGUUCAUGAUGCUCCAUGGGGACCCACACCUGUUCAGUCUGAGUUUACCACCGAGGAUGUUCCUUCACUACCUGCUGGUUACAGUUCUGAGCUGGAACAGACAUCAUCUUCUUUCUCUUCUUGGAUCGCUCAACCUAUUGUUCCUUCAAACCCGUUCCAAUCUCAACCUAACAUUCCAUACAACCAGUUCAAACCCACCGUUCCAUCUAACCCAUUCAAAACACAGCCUACCAGUCCAUCAAAUCCUUUCAAAACACAGCCUACCGCUCCAUCCAACCUGAAAUCAAAUAGUUUCGAAAGAGUCCCAUCUUUAUCGGUAAAAUCAAGUAACUCUAUUUCCCAAGUAAAUAAAAUCACCCCUUUCCAGAACAGUGGACUGUGGGAUGAAUGGAAAAUUGACUCUGCCCAUCUUGAUAUAACAGAGAAUAAUUUACCUGCUCAAGUCAAAAAUCCAACCACAACCAUUCAAAAGUUAUCAUUUCAGGAUAAUCAAAGUAAGUUAAGUUAUGAAGAACAUGGUUUGAAUAAAAAAGAAAGCACUGUUUCAUCAGUUUCUAUUUCAAAAGGAAGGACAAGGGGAACCGAUGCUCCAGAUCAAGAAACAACCUCUUGGAAUUCAGAAAUAACAUUAUCUCGUCCAAGCCAAGACAGUACAUCUUGGAGUACAAGUUCUUCAUCAGCCCGUGGAAAUAAAAAAGACCAUUGGAGUCCUAAUGCGGAGAAAGAGAUUUGGACACCGAAUCCUGAGAUCUUGUCUUCUAGUCCCAGUCCGGAAAUAAGUUCCACAAGUCCUAGAGCUGAAAUCACCUCCUGGAUAUCAAGUACUGACAGCUCUUUAGAGUCAAAUCCAACUGAUAUUGGUACCUGGGCCUACACCAGUAGCAGUGAACUUAUACCAGAAUCCUUUGAUUCUUCCAUUGAGAUAUCUUCUGUAGACUCCAAAUCCAUUUCGGAGGAUUUGACAGAUUCUCAUGAAACUCCUGAUAUCUAUACAGAGUCCUCCAUUGACACUCUAUCUCCUCCUAACACUGAAGAAGUAUUUAACGAUGAAACUACUACGCUUGCGAGUGAUGGGACUGAUCAUGAGCCAAGAGGAAUUGGCAUUCAUAAAAGACCAACCCGUAAACAUCGGGGAAAUGGAAAAAUAUGGGAGAGAGUAAAAAAGUUUGUUAAAAACUAUCCGCCCCGUCGACAGAGUAGUUCUGGACGUGGUUUUCUAAAAGAUAUUGCUGACUUCUUCAACCGACCACUGGAACCAGAAUGGGAUAGAUAUAGAGAUCUUGUCAGAAACAAUCGGAUACAUUGGCGCAGAAUCUAACAAUAUUUAGAAUUUGACGGUGCUCUGGUCGAUCCCUGUAAUGUAUGAUGUAUCUACAUUAAACAAAAUACUCUAGUCUUAAAUAUUGUUAUGUUUUUAAAUUUUUAAUUUAAUAAUUGUUUUAGUUUUAUUUUGCAAAUUUGUGAUUUUUAAUUUUUAAUUUGUUUUAGAUUACAAAGUGUAAAAUAAAAAAAUUCAAUUUUGUUACCGUAAUAUUUUCUUAUGCAGUUUUGUUGACAUACCCACAUUGAACAAUAUAAAAAAAUAUAACAUGCUGGUUGUUAGUCAUGACACGAUAUAAAUGGGAUAAAUUAAUUCUUUAUGAUUCUAAAAAAACCUACACAAAUUCACUAUAAUUUACAAAUAAAAAGAUGUAUUUUCUUGAUAAAAUAUAAAUUUUACAUAACAAAAUAUAUAUUGUCAAAAAUUGCAUUAAUCAGAUCUGUUAGUUGUAACAUGAAUCAAAAUCACAAAGUGAAAUUUUACAGUUUAAAGACUGUACAUGACAAGUUUUCAAAUUUUACAGUUUAAAGACUGUACACGACAUGUUUUC